CUGGUCGCCCGGCAAUCUGUUGGUUGGCGGUUCCCGGUCGCGGUUUUCCCGGCGUUCGCUGCUCCUUGCCGGAAAUGGCUGCUCUCUGUCCGUCCGGUAGGGCUCGCCCGUUCGGCGGCUGCGGCGGCGACGAUGGAUGGUGAACGGACGCCGGCAAGACUGCUCGUGGACAGGGGUUUGACGGCUGCUUCUCUCGGCGGUGCUGGCUUCAACGCGACCGGACGUUGGUCGAGGGAGACGACGGCUGGGGGAAGGUUGCCGGAGGUCGGUCGGUCGGUCGGGGAAGAGGAAGAUGGCGACUUGGCCUCUUCGAAGAGGUCUAUCAUUGACACCGCCGACGAAGCGGGUGGGGUUUUGUACAAAAAAGUCCAGAAUUUGGAUGCCAUUGACGAUGAUGAAGUCUAUGAAGAUGACAUCCACACUUUUGAAGACUACGAAGUUGACACCUAG